CAACAUGUGUUGGUGUUCAAAUUUGGAGAGGGCACUUGUUUCUAGUAUAAGAGACUGAAACUGAAAACUGAAAGUAAUUUACAGUAGUGUCAUCAGGACUUUUCAAGGUUCUCUCCAUCACAAGACACAAAAAAGGAGGGAAAGGCGACAAGUGAGUGAAAUGAUCAUGAAUGUGACGAAGCAGAUGUGGUCUCUGGCCCGUAUCGUCCUGCCCGGUGUGGGAUUUGCGUUGACGUGCAUCGGGGCGUACCUGCUGUCCCUGCCGAACAGGUUGGAGUGCACCUGGAGGAUAGUCCCAGCCUAUAUCAUGGUCGCCUUCGGCCUCAUGGUGAUCCUCAUCGGGGUUUUCUGGUCCAUCUGUCACAGCAUGAAGAGCAAGAUGUACCAGAGAGGAGGACCUGAGCAGCACCUCCAAAUCUACACCAUUGACAGACCAAGCUCCUUUCCUCCGUCGUACGAGGAGUCCCAGACUGGCCAGGUCUCUUCUGAUACGCUCCCCGAGUCUGUGGUUGUGGAUGUUGAGAUGAGUCUCGCUCCUCCUCUGUACAGCGAGGACAGCUCAGAGGCCCCCGACUGCACGUGGAGCUGGGAGCAGCCUCCUCGGUACAGUCAGGUGGAGCAGCAGGGACGAAACGUUUUCCCCUCACUGACUGAGAGAUGAGAUGUAAUGCAAAAAAAAAAAAAUGCAAAAGACGCGUCAAUGGAUGGCCUGGCUGCAAAACGAUGGACCUCAGAGACAUGUUGACAUCACCUUUGUGCCAUGGAUCCACAUCCAGCUCUUAACCUCUGAACUCAAACAAACUGCUCAGACUUGUUUCAGCCCAGAGCUAUUUAUAGAAGAACAGGCUGGUCAGUUAAACUGUGGAUCAGUGUUGAUGUUAUAUCAGUGGUUCCUUUAAAAAAGGUUGAGCUUUACAUCUGAGUUAUGAGACUGUUGACGAACAACUGAGAACAGUUUGAACCUGGUGAAUGGAUGGACGCGUGAAGUGACUAAUAUACUUGUAUUUAUUUUUUACCUGCACUGUGUUAUAAAA